UGCAGACCUGUGGGUUUAAUUUUAGUCUUUGUGAGGCUUGAACAGCCACUUACCAGCUGUCAUCCAUGCAGUACCACUGUCGUUUCUGCUCCAGAACUGUGUUGCAAACAGACAGAGCUUUGCCCUGUUAUUUGACUUAGAAAAGAAUUGUAUACACUACAAGGCAACAUGUCCGAUCAUAGUGACCAGGAUUCCUUCCCAGAGAAUGUCGAUGAGGAGGACAUUGAUGAAGAUGAGAUUUUGGCCAACCUGUCUCCUGAGGAGCUCAAACAGCUCCAGAGUGAGAUGGACGUGAUCGCCCCAGAUGAGAGGGUGCCGGUGGGACAGAGACAGAGGGACCAGACAGAGAAGACUCCCACUGGGGGUUUCGACCACAGAUCCUUGGUGGAUUACCUUUACUGGGAUAAAGAGUCCAAACGCAUGCUUGAUGAGGAGAGGGUCCCUGCCACUCUACUACCCAGUGAGAAAAAUAUACAUGAAGAAGCUGAAAACAAAGAAGAAGAAAAGGAUUGCCAGUACUGGGAUAAAGAGUCUGUACGCAUGUUGGAGGAGGAAAGGGUGCCUGCCACUCUGCCGCUUAGUGGGAAAAACAUGAAAGAUGAGGCUGAAAACAAAGAAAAAGGAGAAGAUGACUGUGAAGAUGUGGAAUAUGUUUAUGAAGUGGUAGAAGAGAUCAUAGAGGAGGAGGCUGUGGAAGGGGUUGAAGGAGAGGAAGUAAUUGAAGAAAUAAUAGAGGAAAUCGUGGAGGUGGUGGAGGAAGAACAUGUGGUGGAGCUGAAAGAGGAGGAGAAGGUCAAACCACUUGAGAAAGUAACUGAACCGGAACAUCAAACCACCGACAAUUCAAAAUUAUACCCAUCAGAAGACGAAAGUACAAAUACUGCAAAUACUAACAGUAAUGUCCCAUUAGCCCCUGUUAAGUUUGAAGAAGAAGUCACGGGAGAAAAAGAUACUGAGAACUCAAAGAGCACAUCAAAAACACCAGAAACAGAGGAUACUAACACCACCACCCUAUCCCCCAGCCUUACAGAGCAAGAUCCAAAGGAGCAGAAGGCAGAUGAGAGCUAUAAACCCCUCCAGAAAGAAGAAAGAAAAAUAAACAGACUGAAUAUUCCAAAACUGGCCCUUGGUGGCAUUAAACUGACAUCAAGGCCUUCAGGGAAUGACACAAACCUGGAAAGCACCUUGGAUAAGAUUUAUAACAACAACCCCACAAUCACUGAAAUAAACCUCAAUAACAUUGAAAACAUUCCUAAAGAAAUGCUAAUAGACUAUGUCAAUGCCCUAAAGAAGAACAAAUUUGUAAAAACCUUUUGCAUUGCCAAUACGGGUGCUGAUGAGAACAUAGCUUUCACCCUGGCCAACAUGCUGCGAGAGAACCGUAGCAUCACCACCAUCAACAUUGAGUCCAACUUCAUAACAGGGAAGGGGAUUGUAGCCAUCAUGCGCUGUCUCCAGUUCAACGAGACCCUGACUGAGCUACGCUUCCAUAAUCAGAGGCACAUGUUGGGCCACCAUUCAGAGAUGGAGGUGUCUCGUCUCCUUAAGGCCAACAACACCCUCCUGAAGUUGGGCUACCACUUUGAGCAGGCUGGGCCCAGGAUGGUGGUGACCAACCUGCUGACCAGGAAUCUGGACCGCCAGCGACAGCUGAGGAACGAUGAGCAGAAGCAUCAGCAGUUGAAGGAGCAGAAGGAGGUGAUGCAGAUGUAUGAGAGCAGUUUGAACUUGCCGCCAGGUCUUUUGGAGAUGCUGGGUUAUAUCCCCCCUAUUGAGCUUCUGCAACAGCAGGGGUUCCUAGAACCCCCUCCACAGCCCAGCACCCCUUCACAGGCCAGCACCCCUCCACACGCCAGCACCCCUCCACAGGCAAACAAACUCAAUCUCAAACACACUGUACACAACCUUCUUCCACAUUCGACCAGCACUGACCAGGCCAAGCCACUCCUGGAUGUCCAACUCAAGAGGACUCCCAAACGCAGAGACCCUUUUCUGGAGCUGGACCCCAGGGAGGACAGGAGGCCAGACAGGGCCAGCUUUCAUCUGAGGAAGACCACCCGGCCAAGAGAGACUGGCAGUGGGGUGAUGGGAGAUGAGAGAGCCAACCUUAAGGAUGUGAUUAAGACACUGAAGCCAGUCUCUCGCAAAAGGCAGCCCCCAAAGGUUGAUCCCACUCCCAGAGAUCAACUCCUGAGUGAGAUCAAACAGAGCAAUGUGGCCUAUCUAAAAUCUACACCGCUCCCCAAACUCCUGGAAUCAAGAGAAACCAGUCUCUUCUGAAGAUUCCAUCAACUGUAUCUACAAUAUCUACAUUAGCUGUGUUUCACAAAGUGUGACGUGUCUCUUCUUGUCCUCCCACAAGCUAAAAAAAGAUAUUGUGUAUUAGUACUGCUGGUCAGACAGACCAUCUUAAGCAAGUAUUCCUAUUGACAUGUAUUUUAAUCUAUUUUACUGUGUAUGCCUACUCUGUGGUUGUUACACCUUUGUGUGUAGUUUGACAUAUCUGUCCAGUCUACUGUGAAAUGUAAAAAAUAUGAAUUAAACAAAGCCUUGUUUCAUCAGGGCCAAUGUAUUGAAAUGCUACUGCAUUUCUUCUUGUUCAUUCAAUUCAUGAACAUGACACAUCUGAUAUAGAUUUUAUAUAUUAAGUUUAUUUUCUUUGUGAAAUGUAGUGCUUUGCCUCCCAUUGUGGUUACACUUAGUGACAACAAAAACAUACAAAAAGUAGUUUUAUUAUGGCAUCCUUUUUAACAUUCCCGUAACAUUUCCAGUAAUCCAAUUAUCACGUUAACAUGCGCAAAUUGUCUACAGAAAGCAUGAUUCUGCUUGGAAUGGCAACAGAAGCUUUGCAUUCUGAUAAACAGACACUUGCAUCCAUUUCCAUUGUAAAUGGAAAAUGGAUCUCAAAUGGACAUCCUGACAUUUCUUUCCAGUCAGAAAAAUCUCACCUAGACAUACUACAGAUUACAAUGUCUUUGAGUGCACUAAAUAUAUUAUUUUAACAAAGUGCUUUUUGCAACCGAUAGGUUAAUAAUUUACAUGCAUAAUAAUGAAAUUCAGCCAUACAUCUGAAAUAAAAUUAUAUUUCAAAAAUAAAGCUGAUAGCAAUUAUCUUUAUCAUACUGCAUAGCCAUGGUCAGAAGAUAUUUCUCUCAAACCAACCCACAGGGUCUGAAAAAACAAGGGCAUAAUUGCUACUUGUCAAUGAGUAGUCACUUAUUCAUGGGUUCCAUCAGCAUUUGG